CCUGGUCCUCAAGGUCCACCUGGUGCAAAAGGUGAGAAGGGAGAUCAAGGUGAUCAGGGCCCUCGGAUGGUGUUUCCUAAAAUCAAUCAUGGGUUUCUUUCUGCUGAUCAGCAGCUCAUUAAACGCCGCCUCAUUAAGGGUGAUCAAGGGCAAGCUGGACCCCCUGGACCCCCUGGACCCCCUGGACCAAGAGGCCCUCCUGGAGAUACUGGCAAAGAUGGCCCACGAGGAGUUCCUGGGGUGCCGGGAGAACCUGGAAAACCAGGUGAACAAGGUUUGUUGGGACCUCAGGGACCUCCAGGACAAAAGGGCUCAUUUGGUGCACCUGGUAUUCCAGGAACAGAUGGACAACGGGGAGAACCUGGUGUAAUGGGAGAAAGAGGAGUCUCUGGGCUUAAGGGUGAUCCUGGACAACGGGGAGAAAAGGGUGAUGCUGGAGAAAGUGGUCCCAAGGGUCACCCUGGAGAAAAGGGAGAACCUGGACAAUCGGGUAGACCAGGGCAAAAGGGUGAACCUGGACUUCCUGGACUUCCUGGGUUACCUGGAAUUAAGGGUGAACCGGGUUUCCUAGGUCCACAGGGAGAACCUGGAUUGCCAGGAUUGCCAGGGACAAAGGGUGAAAGAGGAGAAAUAGGACCUCCUGGGAAAGGUGAACGAGGUGAGCCUGGAGUUCCAGGGCCAAAGGGAAGGUCAGGUGAAUCUGGAACUAGAGGCCCUAAAGGGUCAAAGGGUGAUCCAGGAAAUAACGGUGAUUUGGGAGCAAUGGGACCAAGGGGUCCACCUGGAGAAAAAGGUGACCAAGGUGCCACAGAAAUCAUUGACUUCAAUGGAAAUAUCCAUGAAGCAUUACAGAGGAUUACCACCUUAACUGUCACGGGUCCUCCAGGCCCACCUGGACCCCAAGGAUUGAAAGGAUCAAAGGGUGAAUCUGGAUCACCAGGAUUACCUGGUGCUGAUGGGGAGCAGGGGUUCAAAGGUUCAAAAGGUGAUCUGGGUGACCCUGGAAUACCAGGAGAAAAAGGAGGUAUUGGACUUCCAGGUUUGCCAGGAUCCAAUGGAAUGAAAGGAGAAAAAGGAGAUGUUGGAUUACCGGGUUCUCAAGGUCCUUCUAUCGUAGGACCUCCAGGUUCCCCUGGUCCACAUGGUCCACCAGGACCUAUGGGACCUCAUGGACUCCCAGGGCCAAAGGGUGAACCAGGGUUAAAUGGUCUUAAAGGAUUGAAGGGUGAACCAGGUCACAAGGGUGACAGAGGGCCCCUUGGUCUUCCAGGAGCAUCUGGUUUAGAUGGAAAGCCAGGAGCCCGGGGUAUGGAUGGUCCCGUUGGUCCACAUGGCCCUGCAGGUCCAAAGGGAGACAGAGGUGAAAAAGGAAUUGCAGGAGAUCCUGGGCCCAGAGGACCAUAUGGUUUGCCUGGCAAAGAUGGUGAACCUGGCCUUGAUGGAUUCCCUGGUCCACGUGGAGAGAAGGGUGAUGUAGGAGAAAAGGGAGAAAAGGGGGAAAAGGGAAAGAAAGGCAAAAAGGGGCCUAAAGGGGAGAAAGGAGAACAGGGUGCCCCUGGAUUAGAUGCACCUUGUCCAUUGGGGCCAGAUGGGUUACCCAUGCCUGGUUGCUGGCAAAAGUGAUGAAUCUAACUUUGCAAGCAUGAAGUUGUGUAUAUAAUACAUCACCUCCAGUAUUUAUAAUUGAAAAUGGAAGCAUUGGUUUUACAAGUUUGAAAUAUGUUUACAUAGCACUGCUUCUAUUUGUUUGUAGUAGUCAUGUGUAUAUAUGGCUGCAAUCUGGCAAAUAUAAACUGUGCAAUAAAUGUACAGAGUCCAAAUAUUCUGUCUACAGAGCUAAUCCCAACAGAGUGAUCAUUCAUAGACAUUUGGAUUGUUUCUAUAGUUUUUCCUUUUUUUACAUUUUGGGAUUAUUUUUUUAACUUUUUUUGGGGUUGCAGUCUUGUUUUAUUUGGCUUGUGGACAAGCGUGGAGAAGAAGUGCCAUGAAUUAGGUUACAUUAAUUUGUGGCCACAAAUGAACUUGAUAAUAGAUUGCUAUUGGAAUAUAAUGAUUCUGUUGCCAUGUUCACCCUCAUAAACUCUAUCAGUGCUCCAUUUCCCCAAACUUGCUUGAGUAAAAGCAUGAUUUGUGUGCUAAAACAGCUUGUUGUGCUACAAUGGUUGCUUGCUGUCAUAUGCUACAAUGGCUGCUCGCUGCCAAUUUCACUUGACACAUUGAAUUGUUCUUUCUGUCAUCUCAAGGGAGUCACACCAUGGCUUAUUGCAAAAAAAUGAUACGAGGAGAUUAAGACAAAGCUCUUGAAUUUGGAGGGGACUUUGGUUCCUUCUGACGGUGGAUGGCCUUCAGUCUUCUGGGUUAUGAAACCAUCUUUGUGAAAAAGAAGGAUGAUACCUGUUCAUCAGCCUCUGUUUGCUUGCAUUGCUCACAGUCAAGAAGCAUGGAUUUCCACACAUGUUGGAUAGUUUUACCAAGAAUGAAAGAAGAUGAAGAUCAUGCUUUAUGAGUAAGAUGAUUGAGUUGCAGAGACAUCAAGUGGAACAUUCAAUGAUAGGUCUUAGUAUCAACUGGUGGACAAUGUAAUCUUCAAAGACUGCUACAAUAUGUGUUUCACAUGUUGUAUCUUCAAGGUGAUAGAGGAAGUGCUUUGACAAAAGUCACGAUAAAAUGCCUUCCUCUCAUAUAAUGAAAUGCGGUUGACUUUUCAUGGUUUACCAUUUGGAUUUUAGAAAUUCCUGUGCAAUGGCAUAUGCGUGUACGGGCUUGGAGAAUAUAUUUAAUUAUAAUUGAUCAAUGGUUAAAGCAAAUAGCCUCCUUUGCUUUCAUGGUUAUAAACAUUCAAGUUUUGAAGAACAAACAUAUUUGUGUUUAAUUUUUUUCAGCAUUUUUUUAGGCUUA